GGCGAUUCCUUUGUGGACCAAGUUACAUGCCUAUCUGGGGAAGAGCUGGCACCAGAAACGUGCCCAUAAAUUCGUUCAUCGCAUCGCUCUUGUCGUGUGCCCUUCGGUGCGUAUAUGCUCAUCGGUGACUUCUAUCAGCACAUAAUCCGAAUCUUAUCGUGCCCGCGCGCACACAUGCGCACACAUGCGCACGCAGGCACACACACGCACACGGAGACAAACACACACUCGGACGCUCACACACACACACAGACACACACAGAGGGAGGAAGAGUAGUGUUUGUGUGUGUGUGUGUGUGUGCGUGAGAGAGAGAGAGAGAGAGAGAGAGAGAGAGAGAGAGAGAGAUGUCGGAUGGUCAAGAAGCAGGAUCGAGGCAGGACAGGACAACGUCGAACGAGGUCUUCGCGUGCUGCUGCUCAUUUGAAAGCCAUUGGGUAAGAUGAUAAUGACCGGUGGCCAGUAGUUCAAGUGCACUGGAGUACGAGCCAACUGGUGGAUUCCCUGCCACAUAACCAGAGGCAGUAAAAUGUCUUAGCAGCACGACCUAGAAAUCUAGUUGGUGGGUUCUUUGGCACCAGUCUAAUCACCAGCUGAAGAUACUGUUCAGUUUUCUGCAGAAUCCGUAUAUAAGCACAAUUUGUAUACGAUAUGGUGCUUGACAUGCUGAGACCACGGUGGAGAGGGGGUGCAGAGCCGAGCCAUGAUAACCAUAAUGCGAGGACAACAGCAGAUUUGGCAUCAUACUGGCUGAAUCUGUCAGAAGAACACCGUGAUGAUGAGGAGGAGGAGAACAAUCCCGGCCAGAUAUGGCCAACUGCCACAAAUUCUCGAGCUAAUUCAGGAGCAAGAGCGUCAGAUAACCGGGUAGGUGAUGAAUCAGAAAGAGAAGCACAAAUGUCAUGGAGUGCACGCCAUCCAGCAUGUGGACCAUGCUUUUGGCAGAAAGCAUCUAUGGGUGCAGCUGACCCAUCUGGGAUCCAGUCAGCAGAGGUGAUGAUACGUCGCGGGUUGCGGCACUACUAUGGAGUUCCUGGUAAGAUACCCAUGGAUUUGAAGAAGGCGGAAGAUUGCUUUAGACAAGCAAGUGAGCAGGGAGAUGAUAGAGCAGGAGUGCUCCUCAAUCGCUGCAUCCUUGCUGCAGGUGACUCUGACUCUCAUGCUCGGGCAACUGCAGAAAGGAAACUUCUGGCAUCCAAGGAAGACGGGACGGAGGGUGCGGCCAUUGUCCUGGCCGAGUAUUACAUUCGCCAACGGAGAGAACCACAGGAGGUGUUCGACCUUCUGAACAAGGAGAUUUCCUCUGCAUCAAAGUAUGCAAAGGAGGCCCAGUUCUUGCUGAGUCAAUUCUACAUUCGAACUGGUGCCGAAUCCACAUGGGGGGAGGGCUAUUCCCGGGCAGUCAGUCUGGCAGAGCGGUCGGGAUGUCCAAGCAGCAACUUCUUUCUGGGUCUUUACCAUCUGAAGGGGUUGUAUCGCUUUAAAAAGGAUCCAUCAAGAGGAGUCGAGUUGAUUUCUAAAGCUGCAAGGGAGGAUCAUCCGCUGGCAAAGGUAGUGCUGAGCACAUGCUAUGCAAAAGGAAUUGGUGUGAAGAAAUCUGAACCCGAAGCGUGGAAGUGGCUGAAAAGUGGAGUGGACCAGGGUUGUGUAGAAGCUGAGACAUUGGCCGGCCUUUCUAUCUUGCGUGGAAAGCUUGGGCAGCAAAUAAAUGAGCAGCAGGGCGAAGACCAUCUUCAGAAAGCUGCAGACAAUGGGUACUUCUUUGCCCAGAUUGCACUCGGAUUACAUUUUGAACAACAAUCAACGAAGCAGACCGGCAGUCCGCAGAGCGGGAAGGCUGUCAGUGGUGUGUCUUCUUGGUCAGUGUCGGACUCCACUGAAUCUGAUGGUAGCAAAGACUUUCAAUCUGAAGCAGCUUUGAAGUGGUACCUGAAGGCAGCUAGCAAUGCGCAUGUCAGGGACAUAAGCGAGGCCGAUUUGCUGGCCUCCUCCACGCUGAGGGAUUUGGGUUGGCGCCAUGGUCGGUCUGUGAAGGCACUUGUUCAGACGUCAGUGGAAAACAUCACUCGCCCAUCGCAAGACCUGUGGGCUACCUUUGCUGAAGUGAAACAGGAAGUGGAGGUUGCCCUGAAGGCUGGAGAUCAUGGGCUGGAAAGCAUAAGGCAGGAUUGGUUGGCAAAAGGUGAAUGCCAGCUGACAGACUACGACAGCGCUUGGUGUAAAGUUCUUUCAGACGCAUACACAAGUGCAGCUGCUGUUGCAGGCAAAUUCACUAACCCCGCAGUCGAGUUUGACUACGCCGAUUUUGUCAUGACUCCAUUGACUAGUGUCAUAGGUUGUGCAUUCGCGGGCUCAGCAUGGAACAUCUUGCAAGGUCUAAAUUAUCUACGGCUUGAACAUAACACCAAAAUGAGAGCUCAGCAGUUCACAGGCUUGGCGAGGACGGUAGCUGAGUUUGAAUCUGUUGCGAAGGAAGCAGGAGUCUGUCUGGCGCUUGUUCGCAGGAAGAACAUGAAACUCAUGAAUAGAGUCAGAUCGAUGGGACUGGAAAUGCGAAAGCGGGAUCUCGCAUGGAAAGCAAUGACCGGAGAGAUUAGAAUUCGGGAUGCCGUCCGGGAAAUUCUCGGCAGGAAUCAUAAUACCAGUGAUGUGGGUCCCUCAGGGCAGGGCCUGGACUUGUUCAGUGUGUUACUCGCGGCGCAUGAUGCUCUGCGCUUUCUCCAAUCAGUGGCUAAUAAUGACUUUGCAGGAGUAGCUGACCGCAGAACACUUCGUCAACAGAUGAUCUUGGCUGCUCUAGGAAUGGUCGGUGGAUAGUAACUUACGAAGCACCCCUACCUAGCGGGCAAGGCAUGAAGAGAGACCAUUAUCUGGAGAGGUUUGGAGAGUUUUGGAGAGUUUUUUUUAUUUUUCCCCCUUUCACAUGAGCCGAUGGAGCACGGAUGAGAUAGUGGACUGAUUAGGACAGAUACUGCACCUGAUCUUUAUUCGAAAGGCGGAGAGAGGUAUAGGUUCGGAGAAUUCUGGAGAAAGUUAACGGAAUGUUAGAUGUGACACGUGCGUAGAAGGUGGACUCGAGCGGUAUUGCGGGAAGGUAAGGAACCAGUGGUAGCACUCCUCGCUGUGCUAUGAGCUUUUGGACCACCUCCAACUUCUCCAAGUUCCACAACCCAUCAGUGAUUAGCCUUUUGGUCCUUUUCUUUUUUCGUGUUUUACGGUACCAGUGGUGUUUUCCUGCUUCACUGUACUGGUAACACUCAUUGCAUGUUAUCAGAGGGACUGUCAAUAGCAGAAAAUCGCAAUUCAUCGGUUUUUCUGCAUGUCUGCAUUAAGCCCCCAGUUCACUCGAGGCUCUACCUUCCAAAUGAUAGGGCACCAGAGCAUGGUAGGAUAAUUCUUGAGGAUACUCGCAUUAAACCACCAGUACUUGGCCCAGCUAUCAGCUGCGGAAAAAAAUAGAGUAGAAACGUUUCUAGUCGGAUGAAUUUGGGCGCUCCUGUAGUAGCCCGUACGUUUCCUAAAAUCGUGGCGCGUUAACGGGCACGACUAUAGGAAGUACGGGUGGUUUAAGGCUUAGACCCCUUCUUAGUUUUUUCAAUUCCCAUAUUCAUUUAUUUAUUAGGACAUUUAUUUAUUUGUUUAUUAAACUUUAUUUAUAUCUAUCAUCCGAUUCCUGGACCGCCACAUCCUUCUUCUUCCCCCUUGCAUUUCUCAGUCUAUCUAGCCCUUCUGGUGUCUUUGAAAUUCCUUCUGUUUUUUUCCAAACUUUUUUUUUUUUUUUCUUGGAGUUGGUGGAACAGAUUGUACGGGGAAUUGGGCCCAGUGUCCUUCCUGAUGCCAUUGAUACUACCGAUGCUAUGAUGAUGAGGGUAGCCGUUGAUGAUGAUGAUAUUAAUGUCAUUAAUUCU